CGGCUUACAGAAAAGAUUGGCGUAAAUACCAGAUUCAAAACAUUCGAAAUUCAGUUUUGGAGUUCAGAAUUUUAAAUGGUCUUGAACUCCAUUUAUAUUCUGCUGGCUCGUCAAAAACCACCUGCCGUUUAUGAAACUUUAAAAAAUGGAUUUACGAAGAAGUGAUAGCCCAGACGAGUACUAUAGAGCUGUUCAUCAGCUUAAACAAUUUUUGUCUGAGAGUGACAGUUCAGAUCAUCAAGUUUACAAAAAUGGAUUGAAGGAUUCUGUUAGGCAUAAUGCCACUUCAUCAGAAAACUCAGAGACAAAAUCACUUUCUGCUCGGAAAUCUCUUUUCAAAAGUCCACUGCAUCAUAAAACUGGAUUUGUUGUUGAAGGAAAUAGUACAGAUUACAUUCUAAUUGGAUGGAUUCAGAAGCAAAUGGUUUACACAAAAGCGUUGGAGAAAGAAGUGGCAUUUUACAGAAAACAGAUGCCAGGAAUAAUAAGUGAAACAAAAGUCAUGAUUUCAAAUGAGGAAUCAAAUAGAAUGGGUCAGGCAAAUGCAGUCACUCAAAGACUUUUUUCACUGAUUGACACAAUAUCAAAUGCUAAACUUUCCAUCAGUCAUGAGAGUUGUGAAGUCCAAAGAAAAAAGCUAAUGCAAGAUUUAGCUGCAGCUCAACAUCAGAUUCAAAUACUUACUCACCAGUGGGCAGAACACACCUGUUGGAAUGGGCAGGAUAAAUCAAAACUACCUGAAGACAUCUCCAGGGAAAAGUCGGAUCUACUUAGCACGGUAAACAUGCUACGUUCCACAGUUUCCAGUUUGCAGCAGCGAGAAGCGGAUGCGCUGGGACAAGUUCAGCAAAGUGUAGAAGUUGCUGAACAAGCUCAGCUAGAGCGUGUUCAGAUGGAGAACGAAGUUCGGCGUUUGGUUUCGCUGGUCGAUCAGCAUGAGCAACAAAUGGCGACGCUCAACGCUGAACAUUCGAGGCGUUUGCAAGAAGAAAGGACUCGAUGGGAAUCGAAACUAGCUGAGCAAGUGAGUGCUCUAAAGCGAGAAAGAGAUUUGCGAGACGAGGCGCUGACUCGCUUAUCACUGGAUUUAGAGCAGUCCCAGCGUAACGAAGCUGUCCUGAAAAACGAAAUUCAGAUCAAGAGUAACCUGUUGGAAAGUAGUCGUCAAGACUUUCAGCGACAAAUCAGUCAAAUGCAGAGUGAACAAGGUCGUCUGGCUGGCCAGCAGGCAGAGCUACAAAGGCGACUGGGUGAAGCCGAACUACGGGCCGAGUUAAACUGCAAAGCUUCAGAGCAAGAAGCCAACUCUGUCCGAGUUGAGGCUGAGUUUUUACGACGAAAAAUCGAUCUACUCAGCAAGGAGGCCGACAAUCGGAAAAAAGACUACGAUAAAGCAAUCAAAGAAUUGGAGCAACGAAACCUCGAGUUGCACUUAGCAGCAAGCCAACGAGAAGGUGAAAGGGUCCAAGCGGUCAAGUCUGGCUCUCAAGCUUCUUCGCUGGUCAAAUAUCUAGAACAACGUGAAGUCUCGUUACUCCAUUCUCUCCAAGAGGCCAAGAGAAAACACGAUGAAAGGUGUAGGGAAAUGACGAACAUCAUUGACGAGCAACGGUCUAUUAUUCAGACACUCAAAGAGGAAUAUGCGGCUUUGAUCGAAGAUUUUCAAAAGUCUUUAGUGACCGACGGCAGUUAGCCGAUGGUCCUGCGUUUCGUCGCCCUGAAACCUAUAACAACACGGUCUCACCGCUUUGUGUUUUACCCACCCCUUUUUUUCAUGUUAGCAUGUUUGCAAUGCGAAUGUCUUUCCGGCAAGUGACGCAUUAUCCGCCAGUAACGCCGUCACCUACUGGAAUAUUUUAUUAAAAAAAAAAAUUAAGGUGACACGCAUAUGAUUCGAACUUAUGGCGUGUGACCGAAGAUGAAUCCAAAGGUGGCAAGGAAAGAUUUGUGAGCUAUGGCGCAAAAAAAUCGAUUCGCCAAAAGCCAUCUGCUGCGCAAAAUAGCGCUUUUUAAGCUAUGUGAACUUGCAGCUGCGACUAGAGUAAAAAAAUUUAGCUAUAAAUUAUCUUUAUCUCUAUUGUACCCUCGCGCGUGCAAAUAGUCUGUUCUGAUGGACCUUGAUUUUUACAUGUUUUCUUUAUUAUACGUUUAUGUGGUUCCCGAACGGCUAGUAGCGCACAGUGAAUUAAACACAUUGCGUGUUUACAUUUCCGUCCUAUGAAUCAUCGGAUUUCUCAACUGUCCAAAAGUAUAACUGUUGAUUCGUUGAUAACAGCAUGGAUUUCGAGUACAGAAAACGAAAGUAGCCAUUCUGAUUUCAUUCCGUCCAUUGUUAAUAAUCUCAGAAUAAUUAACGACCAAAAGAAUUUUGGAAGUUGAAAACUAAUUUUAUGUAUUGAACAAUAAAAGAGCCCAUCCCCGACCUGCUCGGUCUUUACCUU